GCCAUGUUCCCUGGCGCCUGUUCCGGUAUCGAGUCUCAGUGCGGACCGUGUCGGCUGUCGGCCCCAGCGGUGUCCCCACUCGUCGGACCCGGGCGCUCAUCCUAUCCUCAGGACAACGUUACCAGCCGCGGACUUUACACCUUUCACGUUUUUUGGACCAAUUCUUUUUGAAAAGCCGUUGAUUCGCCCCCAACCGACGUUAGUCGGCCCCGGCCUUUACACUUGAUGUGAUUUACGCGGACGGACGGCUCUGAGAACCGCGGGGCUCUGCUCGGAUUGGGACCCACAGAGGCUGCUGGCUGCUCGGCCGGAGGCAUUAUUUUCUGCUCUCCAAAAUACGGGGAGGGAGGUGUGAUUUCAUGUGAACCAUCAUCUCGAUCUCCGCCUUUUCCUUAUCGAAGCGGACGUCACGUCGUCGGUCGAGUUCCGAUCGGCCUAAACUGUGAAUCCGCGGCGUCAAUUUGAACGCGGCCGUCGUGGAAGCAUCUCGGCUCCGCCGUCCGGCGACAACCUCCGCUGCCCGCGGCAACGGAACCGUCCGACCCGCUUCCCUCCCCGGAGAGCUCAGCCAGCAGUGUGACAGAGCAGCGCCUCCGCUGCUGCAACCGACGCCGCUUCGUCUGUUUUACAAGCGCUGUAGCGCACGUACGCAUUCUAGUUGGAGUUUAAUCGAACGCGUUUUGCUCGCUCCAUCGAUUUUUAGUCGCUCAACACAACGAUUAGGGAGCUGUCGAAGUUGCUCGGCAAUCGCGGCGGAGGAGGAGUGAGGAAACUCGCGAGCCGCGCCGCGCGGGAACACCUCCUCCUUGUACUUGUUGAUCGUAGUGAAUGUAGCUCGGCAGCGCACUUUUUUUUUUUUUAUUUUUAUUAAAUCGUCGUGUUGUCUUGUUUUGUCGCGGUGCCGCGAGGAAGCAGUCGGCUCGGAAGAACCUGUAUAAAUGUGCCCUCGGUUCUGAGAGCUCUCGCGUCCCCAUUGAUCCUCCUUUCCGCGCGGAGAAACCUAACGAUGUCAGCGCGGACGCCAUUGCUGACGGUCAUUGAGAACUCGUCCAGCCAGCCAUACUCAGAUGCCAAGGCCAGUGGGCGGUCUAGCAUGUCACGAGGCCGGAACUCGUUCGCCACCACUGCAGAUGAUCAGCCACACAUCGGCAACUACCGGCUGCUAAAGACCAUUGGCAAGGGAAACUUUGCCAAGGUGAAGUUGGCCCGACAUGUACUCACAGGAAAGGAGGUUGCUGUAAAAAUCAUAGACAAGACUCAGCUUAAUUCCUCUAGUCUCCAAAAGCUUUUUCGAGAAGUGAGAAUCAUGAAGGUGUUGAAUCACCCUAAUAUAGUUAAGUUAUUUGAAGUAAUAGAGACGGAGAAGACACUGUACUUGGUUAUGGAAUAUGCCAGUGGAGGUGAAGUGUUUGAUUAUCUUGUGGCUCAUGGGAGGAUGAAAGAGAAGGAGGCCAGAGCCAAAUUCAGACAGAUUGUGUCAGCAGUGCAGUACUGUCACCAGAAGUGCAUCGUUCACAGAGACCUGAAGGCAGAGAACUUGCUCCUGGAUGGUGACAUGAACAUCAAGAUUGCGGACUUCGGCUUCAGCAAUGAGUUCACACUGGGCAACAAGCUAGACACGUUUUGUGGCAGCCCUCCCUAUGCGGCACCUGAACUUUUUCAGGGAAAGAAGUAUGAUGGUCCAGAAGUAGAUGUGUGGAGUCUGGGGGUCAUUCUCUACACACUGGUCAGUGGCUCACUGCCCUUUGAUGGCCAGAACCUCAAGGAGCUACGUGAGCGAGUACUAAGGGGAAAGUACAGAAUCCCCUUUUACAUGUCGACUGAUUGUGAGAACCUGCUGAAGAAGUUCCUCAUCCUCAACCCCACCAAGAGAGGCAGCCUAGAGCAGCAGAUAAUGAAGGACCGAUGGAUGAACGUAGGCCAUGAAGAAGAUGAACUCAAACCCUAUGUGGAACCACAGCCUGACUACAAAGACCCCAGGCGGACAGAAAUAAUGCUGCAGAUGGGUUAUUCUCAGGAUGAGAUCCAGGAUUCCCUUGUCAACCAAAAAUACAAUGAUGUCAUGGCUACAUACCUGCUGCUGGACUAUAAGACCUCAGAGGGGGAUGAAGUAUUGACAAUAAAACCCCGCCCAGGAAGUGACCUCACAAACAGCAACGUCCAGUCCCCUCCCCACAAGGUACAGCGCAGCGUCUCAUCCAACCCGAAACCUCGGCGAUCCACGGACCAAGGGUGCUCAUCAUACUCCAAGCGGUCCCAGGGGGACAGUAAGCACACUGUUGAGGAAUCAGCGAGGAAAGGUUCUGGCAGCUCCACGAAAGUCCCCCCCAGCCCUCUUACUCUUGGUGACCACACUAAAGGCACCCCCACUCCAUCCACUAACAGUAUCUUGUCCACUGGUACAAGUCGGAGUAGGAACUCGCCCCUCACAGAGAGGUCCACUCUGGGACAAGGCAUACAGAAUGGCAAGGACAGCCUGAACACCCCCGGGUCCCGUGCCUCCACCGCCUCGGCAGCUGCUGUCCUCACCUCCUCCUCCUCCUCCUCCCGCCCCCGACACCACAAGUCCCUGUCCUCCUCCGCUCACCCCAGCCCCCCCGACUUCCACGCACACCGGCCCAGCGCUGCUUCUCAGCGAGCUCCAGGAGCAUCUCCCUCUGCCCACAACAUCAGCAACGCCACAAUGGCGGACCGUACAAACUUCCCCAGAGGGGUGGCCAGCCGGAGCACUUUCCACGCCGGCCAGCAAAGGGCCACAAGGGACCAGCAGGCUUCUGCCAAUGGGCCCCCUGCCUCCCCAUCACUGUCUCAUGGGAACAGCCAACCCCGGCGUCCUGGAGCAGCAGGCAUCUUCAGCAAGUUCACUUCCAAGUUUGUGCGCAGAAAUCUCUCGUUCAGAUUCCCCAGAAGGAGCCCAUAUGAGGGAGAGGGUCGAGAUGAGGGCAGCAGGCCCAUGCUGAGCAGCAGCGGGGACAAGAGUGAGAAGGGCCCUGGCAGCAUGCUGGGCUCCACCGGCGACGAGAACAAAGACUCGCUGUCGUCGUCCUCUCCGGUGCCCGGUGGCACGCCCCCGCCCAAGGACCCCAAGCCACGCUCGCUGCGCUUCACCUGGAGCAUGAAGACCACGUCUUCCAUGGAGCCCAGCGAGAUGAUGAAGGAGAUCCGCAAGGUGCUGGACUCCAACAGCUGCGAGUACGAGCUGCGCGAGCGCUACAUGCUGCUGUGCAUGUCGGGAGACCCGUCACGGGACAAUUUUGUCCAGUGGGAGAUGGAGGUGUGUAAGCUGCCCCGCCUCUCGCUCAAUGGCGUGCGCUUCAAGCGCAUCUCGGGCACCUCCAUCGCCUUCAAGAACAUCGCCUCCAAGAUUGCGAAUGAGCUCAAGCUGUAACCCACCCCAAGAGUGAUGAACUGGGCUCUUUACACUGGAGAGGGCGAGACCCAGGAGCAGGAUCAACUGAGGCUGUGAAGCGCUACUGGCACACGCUAGGUGCGUGAGCAGAGUCCCCACCAGGAGCCGAAGAGGGGACGGGACGGGACCGACUGGCUGCCAGGUGCCAUCUGUACGCAUCGCCUGCUUGGGGGGAGGGAGUAUACUUUUGGCCCUUUAGAGACCCUUUCUUCUCGUCUUUUACCCAGAGUCCUUCAUACCUGCACCGUCACAUCUCCCCCCGUGAACGAAUUGGAACAUUUGCCCCGAUCUUUUGCCAGCUGCUUACUUUCUUCACAACUCUCACUUCUGUUUAGAAGACUGGAGUAUCAGCAGCACCAUUUGUCUUAGACCUGUUUGGCUCUCUUCACUGAAAUUGAAAAAAGCUAUUGCUAUGUGAACCAGCCCCCCCCCCACCACCACCACCAUCACCAGAGAGCUACAGUUAAAACAUGAUCCUACUUGUCUCCCGUUUGUGGGUGUCCUUUAGAUGCGGGGGAAGCGACGCCCUCGCCUGCCAAGCAUAUGCCACCGCAGAGUGCGGUUAUACCCCGAGGGCAAACUCUGAAACUCUCCAGCAUCGCAGUCGAAACCACUUCUUGACAGUUGUGCCCUAAAUGCACCCCCCCCCCCCCCCCCCCCCCCCUCAUCCAGUGGCAUUUUCUUCUACAAGGGUCCGUUACUGAACAAACUGAUUGAGGGCCAGUUGUGUAAUAAUGGAUAGAUGAACUAGACUUAUUGAGUUACUAGUUUGUUUGAAGCGCUGCACUGGAACGAGUCUUUUUUUUUUUUUUUUUUUUUGCCUUUCUGGAAAAAACUGACUAUUAUAAGUAUAAGCAAGUUGAACGACCUUCUUUUGUCAUUUUGUGUUUGUUCAGUUGGAUCUUGCCUUUGUACAAAGAAUGUAAAACUGAACGUGAGACUCCCAUCUUGCUUUCCCCAAGCCUUCCUGAAGAAAAAUAAAAUAUAAAUAGUAUCUAUAAAUAUAUAAAUAUCUGAAAUAUAUUAUCACUGGAAGAGAGAAUUUUCAUUUUGUUUAAACUUGGUUUUGUUUGUACAUUUUUGAGAAUGAGUUGGCUUGAACCAGUGUGUUUCCCUCUGCUAAAACUCCCCCCUCCCCCCCUUUCCGGUCAAAGGGGAAGGAUGGAGAAAUGGUCUCACCCCCACCCGCACUGAACUUUGGAGGGAGGAGAGACAGACAAGGCUUGUGGAUUCGCACAGUCCUUAUCACCUAUUAUUAUUAUUAUUAUUAUUAUUGUUAUUGUUGUUGCUGUUAUCACUGUUUUGAUUGAAGGGUGUAAUGUGGUGCAUGGGGGUGACAUCUCUUUUCAACCAAAAUGUUGUUGGCCUCGCAACAUAUCCUUUCCACAGUGAUUGUAUGGGUAGUUUUUAUAAAAUUGAUCUUAACUGUAAUAACGAUGAUCUGAAUUGACUAUUGCUCAUUCAUCUUGGUUUAGUGUAUUAUUGAUUCAUUUUU